AUGUCUAUUUAUAGAUACAUUGGUGGCAGACACUAUCUGAGAUAUAGAAGAUGCAACAAGAGCUUGCUGGACAACAACUUGAUUAUAAGUAUCAACCAUAAAAUAAAUUUCAGUGUUAGCUUUAACAUUACUAUAAUCUGUGUUAAGAACUCAACAGUUAUUAUAAGAGACUCUGCCCCACUUGAAGAAAUCUCACAUUGCUCAAUUCAGAGAGCAUCAACACAGCUAAGCAAUUCUUGGGCGUUCUGUUUGUCUUUGCAUCCUAAUUUUCUUGUGAGAUUGGAAGAGUGUAUUUACUGCUUAACUAGUGUCGGUGUUACAAUUAUGACAUCAAGUCAUAAAUCGUACUUCUUUAGCUCUUAG